AUGUGGAUUAUUGAUUGGUUCUACAACGUUCUCUCGAGCCUUGGUCUGCUCAACAAGCAUGCCAAGCUCCUCUUCCUCGGUCUCGACAAUGCCGGAAAGACGACUCUGCUGCACAUGCUGAAGAAUGACCGUGUCGCUAUUCUCCAGCCCACUCUUCACCCCACUUCCGAGGAGCUUGCCAUCGGCAAUGUGCGCUUCACCACCUUCGACCUUGGUGGUCACCAGCAGGCCCGCCGCCUGUGGAAGGACUACUUCCCCGAAGUCAACGGUAUUGUCUUCCUCGUCGACGCCAAGGACCACGAGCGAUUCUCCGAGGCCAAGGCCGAGCUCGACGCUCUCCUGUCCAUGGAAGAGCUGGCCAAGGUUCCUUUUGUCAUUCUUGGCAACAAGAUUGACCAUCCUGAUGCCAUCUCUGAAGAGGAGCUGCGUCACCAGCUCGGCAUGUACCAGACGACUGGCAAGGGCAAGGUGCCUCUGGAGGGAAUUCGUCCGAUCGAGGUCUUUAUGUGCUCGGUUGUCUUGAGACAAGGGUACGGUGACGGUAUCCGGUGGCUCUCGCAGUACGUCUAA